UCCUGCAGGUGCAUUUGGCCUGCAAUAUAAAAAAUCGUUUUAUUUUAUGUGUUUUGACGACCGGCCCUGCUAAAAUGGUUUUGGAUAGAGAAAAAGGAAUUCACUCAUCCAAUCGGAAUGAGCAUGUUGAUGAUGAGGAGAAAAAUAGUGAUGAUGAUGAUGGCAUAACAACGUACGUGGAGAAUACUCCACCGGAUGAACAGCAAUACGAGUGUUACAUUUGCAAGCAAUCAUUUUGGCUGAAACGCGAUCUAUUCAAGCACAAGCACAUGAAUACUCGUUGCAACAGAGAUGUUUCACCAGUGCAUGAAAUAUCACCACAUCGGCAAAAACCGAACGCAGAGCAGUCUGGAAGUACAGCGCGAACGAAAAAGAUCAGUCAUACAGCCAGACCAGAGACCGAUUCAGUAAUGCGUUGGCGGGCAUCCUAAGCGGAUGGUCUCUGUGUGUGUCGUAUAAAUGUGUUUGUGGAGACAUGACGGGGGCCCAAUGUUAAAUUUGAUUUCAAUAUUAAUACGAAAAAACGAAG